CAUUAAAUUUUAUCCACUUUUACAACACAAAGUUACACAACAUACACGUGUAUGCCAAAUAACAAUAUGCUAAGCACUUUACAAUAAAGAGGAUUAAUUUAACAGUUUUGCGUACAUUUUAUGCUGUGACAGCGAAAGGGCUCUGACUUAGCAUGAAGCUAUAGUUAGACUGCAAGACUGCAUCGCUGAUAUUCUGUCAGUACCACACUAAAAGCACUAAACUAAUUAAAAGGUCUCCCACUCACUCAGUUUUUGUUUCCAAAUUUCACCAUUGUGAAAGUAACCAUUUUCGUUGCAAUAUAUUGAAAAACAUCAUACACCUGUUCAGGUGGUUUAUUGUUUAAAUUAUAUUAUAUUAACUAAGUAAUUAUAAUAUAUAUUUGUAAAAUACUUCCUACUAUUCCGAACAGUUUGUGGUCGUCAGUGAACUAACUUUGAAGUUAUGUGAUUUUAAUUUUAAAUACCUAAAAGCUUAUAUUAGUGAUGGUGGCUCCGCUAGUAAAUCAAUCAUGGGUAGCCCUGGCGACGUUGCUGUGUCACUUCAGCACCGGCUUCAUCAUCAGUUUCCCCUCAUCACUGCUGCCGGCGCUGAGGGCCGAAGACUCGCCCAUCAAGGUGGAUCUGAGCACUGCAUCCUGGCUAGCUUCAGCAGCGCACUCCGCCAUGAUAGUCGGGGACGUCGCAGCCAUCUACAGCCUCCACAGACUGGGCCGCAAGUGGUCGCACGCGCUGUCCAUCCUGCCGGCCGUGCUGGGCUGGCUGCUGGUCUACCUCGCCGCCGACGUCAGCACCAUCAUGGUGGGCAGGAUCCUCACCGGCAUCUCCACUCUUGCUAGCUUCAUAGCAGGAACCUGCGCUAUAUCCGAAUAUACCUCCCCAGAAGUUCGUGGACUGGUGUUUUCGUUGAAGACCUCGUCGUUUGUGGUCGGUGGCUUGGUAAUGCAUGUGUUAGGGAUGUAUUUCUGUUGGAGGACGGUGGCGUUGUUCAGUAUGAUACCGCUGCUGGUGAGCCUGGGUGUGACGUGUAUGUGGACGGAGAGCCCGGCGUGGCUGCUGGUGCGCGGCGACCACCGGCGCAGCGAGGAGGCCUUCCACUGGCUGCGGGGCUCCGGAGAGCGCGCCGUGCGGGAGUUCCAGGCCAUGCUGCAGGCGCAGACGGAGCGCGACCAGAACACCACCAAGAGGGGAAGCUUCAAAGAGAAGCUCGUUCACUACCGGGACUUUUACACGCAGAAGGAAUUCUUGAAGCCCUUGUUUUUAGGCUGUGUUCUAAUGGUGUGUAUGGAGACGUCUGGCCGGCAUAUUAUACCAGCGUUUUCUGGUACUAUCAUGGCGGAAAUCCUUCCCGAGAUUAACGCCUCCUAUGCCUCUAUUUACGUGUUAAGCUUCGAUGUCAUUGCUUUAGUGGGCAAUGGCAUAUUAUGUGUUAUUAUAAAAAUCUUUAACCGUAGGACUCUACUGUUUGUAAGCGGCUCUCUAUCAAUUUUGACUCUUCUGUCUUUAUCAGGGUACGGUUAUUUGGUCCGUGCUGGUGUAGCAGAGAAUAGACCAUGGCUAUCGCUGUCGCUAUUAAUAGGUUACAUAAUUGUUGCGAAUACUGGAAUAGUGUCACUGCCUUUAGUAAUCAGAGGUGAGUUAUUUCCUCUCGCUUACAGAGAAUCAGCGACAGGCAUUUCUAGUAUUUUUUCAACAUUUCUUGUAUUCCUUGUUUUGAAAUGUACCCUUCUGUUGUUUGCGUAUAUCUCAGUUUUAGGAACAUUUGCACUUUUUGCUGUGCUUUUACUAAUAAGUCUCGUAUAUUUGUACUACAAUCUGCCCGAGACUAGGAACAAAACGAUGCAAGAAAUUGAGGACUACUUCAAGUAUGGGAGAUUCAUUGAAAGGCAGUUUAAGAACGGCGAUGAUCCAGAAACGGAAGCCAUGUUUACUAAAAAUCAUAAUUAGGGGCAUUAGUUGUAUUGCUUUCUACUUCCUGCCAUGCAUAGUAUUAAGUACUUGCAUAGAAGUAGGUACUCGAAAUAGUUCCAGUGACAUAUCACCCAAUUACUGAAAAAACUAGUUGUAUGAGGCUGCCGCUGCCACUGUCUGUCUACAAUAUUGAAGUAGAUUUAACAGCCCAUUAGAAUAUUACCAACUAAUAGGUAAUAUAAAUAUUUUUUUUAAACUAAAAAAGUUAAAAUAA